ACUGUGCGGUGCUGGAUUGAGUAGCCUGGCUCCAAACGCCGCUCAAUCAAGCGCCGAUCAGAGAUGGCAGCGUUACCGUCGCCGUUGAGCAUCUGUCGGGGAAUACUGAAGGAGCUCCGAGCCAUUCACGGAGCGAGCUACAGACGGUGUCUUGCCUACAACUAUGUCAUGGACCAGUUUCGGAAAAAUAAGGUAACAGGAGCAAGGUACUGCCGUGCUCAGCAGGACGCCCACCACGCCUCGUACUCAUACCUGUGUUUACUGCAAUCGACCCGGAACCACCAGGUCCUUCACAGCCUCUAUCACGGCAAAGGGGAGCGCUGCCCAGAAGAAGUGGCCGGUCUGGUGGGCCUGCGACUGCCCACGCAGCCUGGAGGCAAAGGAUGGGAGAAGUGAGCGCACGAGAGGAAGCAACAUGGGAAAGAGCGCGGUGUAGAAGCUGUUUUUGUCUGAGGCCUCGUGACGGCAGCUCUGAAUGGAUCACUAUUUGACUGGAGUUUGGUAAACAGGACAUUCUGUGUUGAGAGGGACGAGUCUUCAUAAGAAUGUAUGUAAUGACCUGACUGUGUAAAAUAAAGACUCGCUGUCGCCCACAGGCUGUUCAAUCAUUCAAACAAACUGUAAUUACAGUUUUGUCAAGUCUGUUUGUCAAGUUUGUCUCAAUUUUAAUUUUUACUCUUGGACAUGAUUUGGAACAGAUUGUUAAAUGUGUAUAGAUGCAAUAACAUGUAAAUCCAAAUAAAAAUAUUGAAUACAA